AUGGCCCCCUCGCUCGAAUCACUAAGCCCGUAUAUGACUAGCACUCCUGCCCUAGGAAACGGAUUUUCCAACGGAGUAUCAAAGCUGGAGUUGCAGCCUGGGGUGACCCCAAACUCGUCCAACACAGCAGGACUACAGCGGAUUCUGCCUCCUGUCCCUGACGAUGAGCUCCACGAUCUCCUGUGCGUUGGAUUUGGGCCAGCCUCCCUCGCCAUAGCCAUUGCCCUUCACGACCGACUAUCAGAGUCCGGUCAUGUUCCAGAUACCACUUCGCUUCCCAAGCUCUGCUUCCUGGAGAAACAGUCAAACUUCGCAUGGCAUUCUGGGAUGCUUCUGCCAGGAUCGAAGAUGCAGAUAUCUUUCAUUAAGGAUCUGGCUACCAUCCGCAACCCCCGUAGCGAGUUCACGUUCCUAAACUAUCUACGGGCCCAUGGCCGUCUCCUUGACUUUGCCAACCUUGGAACUUUCCUCCCUGCUCGUGUUGAAUUCGAGGACUACAUGAGGUGGUGUGCGAGUAAAUUCGCCAACCUUGUCAGGUACGGAACAGAGGUCAUCGAUGUUAACCCCGCAGAGACCGACCCUGUGACCGGAAAAGUUCACCACUUUACUGUCCGCUCCAAGAACCUGGAGACAGGGGAAAUCAGCAUUCGCAAGUCUCGCCAUGUAGUUGUUGCUAUUGGUGGAAAGCCAAAUAUGCCAGCGGAGUUCCCAAGCAACCCAAGAAUAAUCCAUUCCUCCGCUUACUGCACCACUAUUCCAACCAUCCUGAACAACACCCUCAAGGAGUACCACAUUGCCAUUGCCGGCAGUGGCCAGAGUGCAGCUGAAAUCUUCCAUGACCUCCAAACGCGGUAUCCUAACGCCAAAACUAGCCUUGUCAUGCGUGAUUCGGCUCUUAGACCCAGCGAUGACUCCCCAUUUGUCAAUGAACUCUUCAACCCAGAGAGGGUCGACCAAUUCUUCAACCAGACCGAAAAGGAGAGACAGGACUUCCUGACCCGUCACCGCUCCACCAACUACGGAGUUGUUCGGCCAGAGCUCAUCGAACAGAUCUACACGGAUAUGUAUAUUCAGAAAAUCCAAUGUCCAGAUGAACGCAGCUGGCAGCACAGAAUCUUCCCCUCUUGUAUAAUCUCAAAGGUUGAGUCAGACAAGAGUGAGAAACUCAACCUGUCUCUACAACACUGCCAAUUCGACAGCACCACGGCAAAUGGAAGCCACGGUGAGGAGAUAAAUGCUGAUGCCCUGAUUUUGGCAACUGGUUACGUGAGAAACGCACACGAAAGCAUACUGGCUUCCAUUGAGCCUCUACUGGCCCAAAAACAUACAGGUUGGAAAGUUCAGAGAAACUACAGACUGGAACUGGACAAGAGCCAAGUGGAUAUCAAUGCUGGGAUCUGGCUGCAGGGGUGCAACGAAUCCACUCAUGGGCUUAGCGACAGUCUCCUAUCAAUCUUAGCAGUCCGAGGAGGGGAGAUUGUGCAAGCCAUAUUUGGUGCCCAACUUGCAAACGGCAAUUAG